GCCACUUGUCAUCUUUAGGCGUCAUGUAGGCGUCGAAGAAGCCAUUGGCCUUAGUGAUAGGCAUGUUACCGACAAAAAUGCCCUUUGCCUCCCACACCAAUUUUUGACGAUAUCCCUUGGACUCCGGUUUCUCCAGCGACAAGGACCACUGCAGGCUCCGUCCUGAUACAACGCUGGUGCAGAACAGUGUUGCGAAGAAUGACCAUAUUGGCGGCGUCAGUGAUAUGGGUGGCCAACUGUUGUUCUGGGACCGCUCUGGAUGUGUGGUGACGAAACUCAUUAAAAGGCACCAGAAGUGUUUCACUUUCUAGCAGAGCGGAUUCAACCCCAUCGCGGCAUUGACUGCUAGCCAACAGCUUCAUGUUGCCUCCUGCUCACUGGAUACAUUCAUCCUGGACUCGAGGCUCCCGAGGAUGCUUUUAGAUGACAACAUUGCAUUGCCCACCAAAAACAAAAGUCAUUCAUUCGCGCUCAUUCGCUCCAUUUCCUUUAUGGUUGACGAGGAUUGUUCGGACUUCGAUUCGACGUUCCUCCCUCGCCUGUGUUCUAAAAUUCUCGAAAUUAUCAUGAAGUUCUGCGUUUUUGGAUGGAAUGUUUCAAUAAGUCAUCCAUCAUCCAGUUUUGUUCUCCCUUGCCUUAAACGACACGUCGGUGCAUCAUGACCCUCAUCCUCGAUACCUUUUCCCUGGACCUUUCCGAGUCCAUCCACAAAGGCAGUGAGCAUUGUAUCCAACUCGUGAGUGCGAUCCUAGUUUGAUACGAUUGUAACUUUGUGUACGAGGGGGACUGCUGGGAAAGCAUUCACACUGUGUCGUCUGAAGAAUUUCAACGCCUGCACCUCUAUUGGACUGGUGGGGCUCCAUGCGUGUAAAUAUAACUUUGCGACCCUGCACACCGGAUGCUCGGUCCUGGUGGGCUAAGUACAUCCAUUCAGCGGACGUACGAAGGGCGACCUGAGGAGUUGUCUGUUCUCCAGCUUCCCAUUGACCUCUUUGUCAUGGGUGUCAAGGGCUAUUUCGCCGACGCUGUCCGCUACCGUCAUGCCUAUGGCCUUGCCGCUUCUGCUGCUACAGGCUCCGUUUUCUAUGGUUGGGACGUCGGUCUCAUUGGCGGAAUACUCACCAUGCCCUCCUUUAAAUCAUAUUUCGGUAUAGACAAAAUGACUGCCUCUGAACAGGCAAAUCUCAACGGCAACAUCGUUGCUGUCCUUCAAGGCGGUUGUUUUUUCGGAGCACUGUUCACAGGUUAUCUAUCGGGCAGGUUUGGUCGUAAACCUACCUUGUUGUCUUCAGGUGUCGUCUACCUCAUCGGUAGUUUGAUCCAAUCUGUUGUUGGUCUCGGGACAAGCGCUACAGUUGCCUUGCGCCUGUUGUACCUCAGUCGCUGGCUUGGUGGUGUCGGCGUGGGUAUGGUCUCUGCUCUUGUGCCGUCUUACGUGGCGGAAUGUGUACCUGGCGAAAUUCGAGGUCGUUGCACUGGAACUGUCCAGCUUGCUAACAACAUUGGCAUUAUGUUGAGCUUUUGGGUCAACUACUCCGCGGAAAAGAACCUUCCUCAUGGGAAUAUGCAAUGGCGCCUUCCCUUCAUCAUUCAGAUGGUCCCUGGUAUCUUCUUCGUGGUGUUUAUGAGCUCUCUACCCGAGUCUCCUCGAUACCUCGUUGAAAACGGAAAAUACGAACGCGCUGCACGUUCACUCGCAUUUGCUUCCGGGCGAUCUCCCGAUGACGAGAAUGUCCGCAUCACGAUAGAGGAGAUCAAGGCUGAUUUCGAGGGCAAGGAAAAGACGCCGCUCUUGAAGCAGCUUGCCAUGAUGCGGGAAUCACGUACGACCGCUCUCCGAUGCUUCAUCCCCUCGUUCAUCAUGUUCUGGCACCAAGCUACUGGCACUAAUGGGAUCAACUACUUCUCGCCCACCAUAUUCGCCAGCUUAGGCGUGUCGGGUACCACAUCCGGCUUGCUGGCCACAGGCGUCUAUGGUGUCGUCAAGACCAUCUCAGUCGCUCUCGCCCUGGCUUUUGCUGUCGAAAGUCUCGGACGUAAGAAGUGUCUCAUUAUUGGUGGCCUUGGCCAGGCGACCAUGAUGUUCUGGAUUGGCGGGUUCUCUGCUAUCCACCCCCAACGCACAGUCGUUCCCGCUUCCUACGUCUCCAUUGCCGCCGUAUACCUGUAUGCCAUCUUCUUCUCCCUCGGUUGGGAACCCUUGCCAUGGGUCGUCGCUGCGGAAGUCGCUCCUAACCAUGUCCGUAACGCAGCGUACGCCGUUGCUAUUGCCGUCAGCUGGCUCUUCACCUUCACCGUUUCCAAACUAACGCCUAUCAUGCUCGAGAGAAUCACCUACGGUACCUUCCUCGUAUUCGGUUGCGACUGUAUCCUUAUGUCUGCUUGGGUGUACCUUUUUCUUCCUGAAACAAGGGGGUAUGCCCUCGAAGAUAUCAAGUAUCUCUUCGAGCGCGACGUUGUGGUCCGUUCGUUGCAGGAUGCACCGGGUGGUCGUUUAUUCUUGGGUGGCAAGCGUGCUAUUCCGGUCGAGGAACUCAAGGCUGCGGAGAUGGACAUAGGAUCUCAUGACGACAUCAAAGACGUCAAAGUUGAUGACGGAGGCUUCAAGCUGGAUGCAUAGACCAGACGUUUUCUGUACUGUAGCGCUAUCGUGAGUUCAUUUUGUAUCUGUAUCUGUAGCAGUACCUUCCGAGAUCCGACCAACUGAUGAUCCAAAGUCCUGACUCAUUUGAAACCGUCGACUGUCCACGCCCAUACCGAAGGGAUUCAUACUCAGUACAAAAGGCUAUUGCAUUUCGAUGGCCCACAGUCGUUACCAAUCGUACCUAGGCGAUCAUAGAAGCCUAAUCUCGACGAUGAGAUCGCACCGACAGCCUCAUACUCCCCACUGACAUACCACGGUCCCUAGGUCUUAGAAUUCGUAUUGCGGCGAUAAUAUACAGGUGAUACCGAGACGACACUGCUAUGAAUACAAAUAUUGUAUUCCUUUGCACACUUCAAUCCGUUUGGGUAUGACAAGUGUACCAUCAAACAGGCU